ACUGCUGUUUGUGCCCCUGGGUCAGCCUACUAUGGGGCAGGGACUGGGGACAUUUGGAUGGGUUACGUCAGAUGCUCUGGUACUGAACAUUCUCUGACUCAGUGCUCCUACAGCUACCAUUACUGUGGCCAUCAUAAGGAUGCAGGGGUGGUGUGUUCCACAGGAGGUCCCUCCAUCUCUCUCAUCUCCUCAUACUCAGCAGUCUCAGCUGGAGAAACUGUUCAGAUCAGAUGUUCUAGGAGUGCAUACCAGUGCAAUGGCAACUUACUUCUGUACAGAAAUGGAGUCAAUGUGAAUUCAGAGGCUCUUAGUUUCCUCCAGAGCAGCGCUACAUUUACUCUGUCUAAUGUGGACUCCUCUCACCAGGGCAGUUACACAUGUGCCUACUCCUCCUCCUCUACUCAUAGCAAGUCCAUUAACAUCACUGUAGUUGAACUACAGACGCCAAGUCUUUCACUGGUGACCAGCAGAGAGGUUUCUUGGGGUCAAUCUGUUCAGAUGAGGUGCUCCAUCUCCACACAGCACCUGGGUGGCACAUUCACCCUACAGCAGCUCUAUCGGUCAUUUACAGAGACAAAGAGAGACACAUGGGGCUCUGCCCUCUUCACCAUUUCUCAAGUGGACUUUAUCCAUGAAGGAGACUACUACUGCCAGUAUCAAACAAGGGUUUCCAGUCGUGAAUUCACAUCCCCCCAAAGUGCUACUGUCAGCCUUUCUGUAGUAGUGGUGCUUGUGCAGCCCAACAUCUCUCUCAGUGCCCCAGAUGGAGGGCUGGUCUGGGGGCCUCAGGGGCCAGAGGUGACCAGGGGCCACAGACUCUCCCUCAUCUGCUCUACUGAGCCACAGCACCAAGGAGGCUCCUUCCACCUCAUCUUUGAUGGGUCUAACAGGACCAGGACUCAGCUCGCCGUCAACCACUCAGCCUCCUUCAACAUUCCUGAGGCACACUACUCUGACCAGGGCAACUACAGCUGUGUCUAUGAGGUCACUGUGUCCAAACGCACCUUCAAGUCAACACAGACAGCACCACUGACAGUCAUCGUAAGAGCAUCCAGGGCGCCCAUCAAUGCAUCUGGAAUGAUUGAAAAGUUGUUGAUGCUUUUGCUAAUUCUUGCCAUCCUCUACCUGGUGAAGAAAAAGUGUUUGAGUGACACACAUACACACACCAUCCAGAUGAACACUGUGGCAAACAGUUCUGCGAACAUAUAUGGUCAUGGACCAGGUGGGUCACCUGAUGAAGAUUACACCUAUAUGAACGCAGUCAUGCCUGCUGACCAGAGGGACCAUGGCGAAGACACUGAUGGAGAUGACUAUGCUAAUGUAGAAGAGCUGUGUCGCCCCAACUGCAACUACAGUACAGACAAUGACUAUGAAGAGGAUGACAUCUAUCAAAACUAUAAUUAAGACCGUUCUGGUACAUGUGGAUUAAAAGCUGUCCUGUCAGUAUCCCUGUCCUGAGACUCUGUUCACUUGUAGCCCUCUGCUGGCUCUCUCUGUGUUUUGACUGUCUGCCUUUGUUUUGGUCCAUCAUGUGCUUUUUCCUCCUUCCUGCCAAGUUUGAUCACCACCUGUUCCCCAUUUUGGGUAUUACCCACCUUAUUGAUAACCUGCUCUGCCUCUGAUUUUUUGUCAGAUGGUUUUGAUCAUCUUCAGGGAGCUGCCAACAGUGCUGUGUUAAAGCAUUGCAUGCUGAGCUUCACACAGUGGCAAAAUGCAUUGUAUGAAGUCCAAUUAAAUAAACCAACACGUUAAUCCGCUGCAUGAAUCUCAACAACUGUCUUACAAUUCUUACAAAUGUUUAAACUCAAGUAUUUUAUCAUCUGUGUGUCUCAUUUAAAGUUAUAUAAAUCUUUCAAAGUUUAAAUAUU